AUGGCAAAACCUUACUUGGGCGGCUGGCGACACAAAAUCACUGGGGUGAUUUAUUUGAAUGCAGCAUGUCAAACGGGUCCACCGAGCAAAAGCAAUCUCGGGAAUCUCCGUAGUCGUAGUGCACAGUGUAUUGACACUAGAGAUGCUACCGACCAGUCAAACACAGACGUGUCAACGCAGAUGUGGAGGCCGGAUUGUAACAUACCCUGCGAGAACGAUAGAUACAUGAUAGCGGGACGAUACGAAUGUCACGAAGAGAUGCUGAAUAGAAUCGAUUACGAUGGAAAAGCUAGGAUCAUACAGAGAUGUUAUCGAGGCUGGAAAAUGCUGAAGAACAUAAAAGAAUGUACCGAGGAAUAUCGAAGGAUCGUGGGUGACUGCAAGAAAUUCGAGGAGGAAAGGGAUGACCUUUACAGAAAAAGACAUCAGAUUGAAAUUCUUCGUCAACUGUAUCCGAAAAAUCGUUCCGACUUUGAUAAAAUCUACAGUCUUAUCGAGAGUUGGAAAAAUUCACAGUUGAACUUCAUAAAAAGAAACUAUUUCGAAGCCUCUGGGAAAGCUCAGCACUCUCAAGUGCUGGAGAAAACUGUUGAGAUGCUGAAGUCCGUUGAGAAGCAAAGAAAGUCAAUUCUUGUAAGGCAUCGGGAAGAGAAGUUGGCCAACUUUCUCAACUUCCACUGCAAGCCAGUUAAAUGGACUGGAUACAAAGGGAAGCCGAUAGAGAUGAUUACACUGAGGACGCAAAAGGCACGGGAAUAUAAAAUUAUUCAUGAUAAUUUAUGCAGCAGUGAUAUUACGUUGGAAGAAAGAAUUGAAGUUUUGAUUUUGUUGAGACGCGGACUGGAGUCGCAUAAGUGCGCAGCCUCUCGGGGUCUUACGGAUCUCAUUGAGCAGGAGAUUUCAUUGUCAUCGAGGGGUAUCAAGGAACUUACUCUUGAGAAUUUGAAGAAACGAAUUUCCCGUUGCCACUGGCUACGACAGCACAGUGUGGAAAAAGUCGACUAUGAUCCAUACACAUAUCUUUUGAAUGGCAUUCGUGCGGAUGAGCAUCGUAGAAAUUGCUUCUCAAUGCUCCUUUACGUUAUUCAAGAGCCAGGAAUUUAUCACCUCGUGUGCAACAUCUGGCAUGGUCGAUCGAUAGUGAGUGAGGUUGACGACAUAUUUCGGUUGCGACUCGUACGAUUUAAUGUCCACAAAGAGUGGGCACCCUGGAACUGCAUUCUUCUGACCGACGAGGAGAGUGAAGCGCAUUAUUUCAUCGAGGAUCUGUCAACUGUUUACUCGAAAAUUCUUCUCGAUCGAGUUUAUCUAGCUCAUGAAAUAGCGAAAACACAUUUUGAGGAGCUGUCAAAAUUCGAGGAAACAUUACGGACGUCUGAGCGCUAUCGAAUGAUCCACGAUUCGAUCGAUUUCUGA